ACCCAAACAAAAGAUGCUCUCAGUUCUCAGAAAUCCAAUAUGUAAGUUCUCUCUCCUGCUCAAAUCACCUGUUUAGGGCUGGAUUUCAUGUACUGUAUAUUAAAGAACUGAAUCAAAAUCAAAUAGCGCCUUGACAAUUGCGUCAGGAAGCUGAUUGGAAUCCAUCGAAAUGGCUCCUCCCGUAGUUCUCAUGGUUGCAGAAAAGCCUAGCAUCGCUCUCUCGAUUGCUUCUGUACUCUCCUGUGGCCGGAUGUCCACCAAGAAGGUUAGUACAGAAGUCCAUGAAUUUGAUGGGAAGUUUCUUGGAUUUCAUGCUCAUUAUAAAGUGACAUCAGUUAUUGGGCAUAUAUUCAGUCUAGUGUAGAUUUUCCACCAAAAUACCAGGAUUGGACCGUCAUUGACCCUAUGGAUCUUUUUCAAGCUCAAAUAGUUAAAUCAGAAGCAAACCCUAAGGCUCAUAUACGUAGGCAUUUAAGUCAAGAAGCUCGUGGCUGUGGACAUUUGGUAUUAUGGUUGGAUUGCGAUCGUGAAGGAGAAAAUAUAUGCUUUGAAGUUAUUGAGUGUACUGGUUUUCAUAUAAAUGAUGCCAGAAGAAGGGUAUAUCGUGCACGGUUUUCUUCAGUUGCCGAGAAAGACAUUUUGAAGGCCAUGGGCAACCUUAUUCAACCAAAUAGAGAUGAGGCAUUGGCUGUGGAUGCUCGACAAGAAAUAGAUUUGAAAGUUGGUGUUGCAUUCACUCGAUUUCAAACUAGUUUUUUCCAGGGAAAGUACGGGAAUCUUGAUUCACGAGUUAUCUCCUAUGGGCCUUGUCAAACUCCUACCCUUGGAUUUUGUGUGCAACGUUAUUUGCAAAUUGCUACUUUUAGACCUGAAAAGUUUUGGGCUCUGCAGCCUCACAUAAUAAUUGAUGGCUAUGAACUUCAGCUAGAAUGGGAACGUCACAGAUUGUUUGACUUAGAUAUUGCUAUGAUGUUUCAAAAGCUGGUAAUACAGGAUGGCAUAUUAGAAGUGAUUGAUGUAUCACAGAAACAGGAAAGCAAAGGUCGUCCUUCUGGUCUGAACACGGUGAACCUUCUAAAGGUUGCUUCAAGUGCAUUAGGCUUUGGACCUCAAAUGGCCAUGCAACUAGCUGAACGGUUAUAUACUCAAGGAUUUAUCAGCUAUCCACGCACAGAAAGCACAGCCUACCCUUCAUCUUUUGACUUCAAAGGUACACUUGGUAUGCUAGCUAACAAUUCAAUGUGGGGAAGCUAUGUCCAGAGGUUGAUUGUUGAAGGUUAUCACAAGCCUCGAUUAGGAACAGAUGCAGGCGACCAUCCUCCUAUAACACCUAUCCGUUUAGCAACUGAGGAUAUGCUGGGCAAAGAUGCUUGGAGCAUAUAUCAUUACGUUUGUCAACAUUUUUUAGGGUCUGUGUCUCCAGACUGCAAGUAUGUAAGGACUAAGGUGGAAUUUUCCGUUGCUGGAGAGUUCUUCCAUUGCAUAGGACAGCAUGUUACAGUGGAAGGGUUUACGUCUAUUAUGCCAUGGUUGGUAGUAAGUGAGAAAAAUCUUCCUCAGUUUAAAAAAGGCGAGAAAGUAGAAGUUUCAAAAGUGGACCUAUUUGAGGGGAAAACUGUUCCUCCGGAUUAUCUCAGUGAGAGUGAGCUGAUUUCUCUAAUGGAGAGGAAUGGAAUAGGUACAGACGCAUCAAUACCUACGCAUAUUAACAACAUAUGCGAACGUAACUAUGUGCAGGUACAAGCUGGCAGGAGGUUGGUUCCAACCACCCUAGGUAUCACCUUGAUAAGAGGAUAUCAAUGUAUUGAUCCAGACCUCUGUUUACCUGACAUUCGUAGUUUCAUUGAGCAACAGAUUACACUUAUUGCCAAGGGCCAGGCAGAUCAUUCUCGUGUUGUGCAGCAUGUACUACAACAAUUCAAGCAAAAAUACAGUUACUUUGUUAAGCGGAUUGACAACAUGGAUGCAUUAUUUGAAGCACAGUUCUCUCAACUUGUUGAUUCAGGACGUGCACUUAGUAAAUGCGGUAAAUGCCUGAGGUACAUGAAGUACAUUUCAACUCAACCGCAGCGUCUAUACUGUGGGACAUGCGAGGAGGUUUAUUAUCUUCCUCAGAAAGGCACAAUCAAGCUAUACAAGGAGUUAACGUGCCCUUUGGACAACUUUGAGCUGUUGAUAUUCUCCAUGGCUGGGCCAGAGGGCAAGACGUUCCCCUUAUGCCCAUACUGCUAUAAUAAUCCUCCUUUUGAAGGCAUAGAAACACUUUUCAGCACUAGUAAGAACGGUAAUUUUGGCAAGUUGGGGAAGGGAGCUGGCAUGCCGUGCUUCCUAUGCCCACAUCCAACGUGCCGGCAUUCUCUGAUCGCCCAAGGGGUUUGUGCUUGCCCCGAAUGCAGUGGAACCCUUGUUUUGGACCCAGUUAGUGCACCCAAGUGGAGACUCUAUUGCAAUAUGUGCAAUUGUCUUGUCUUGCUCCCUCUGGGUGCUCAUCGUAUAGGCACUACUAGAGAACGGUGCCCUGAAUGUGACUCGAUGAUUCUAGAAGUGGACUUCAAUAAGAAUACAACACCUUUGGAGGAUGGGGCAACCUUGCACAUUGGUUGCAUUCUUUGUGAUGAUUUACUCCAUUCACUUGUGGAAGUGAAGCAUGGAAAAUCAUUUUUCAAACGAAUGGGUGCUAGAGGAAGGGGAAGAGGCAGAGGUUCUUAUAGGGGAAGAGGACGAAGUUCUGGAAGAAGAGGUGAUCCUAAAAUGAGCUUUCGCGAUUUCUGAAAUGUACCAGAUAAAAACUUACUAUAUGUACCAUUUUGACUGCCAUAUCCCUCGUAAACAUUGAUUUUCCGAGUGUUUUUUCUUUUUUACCCUUUUUUGGGGAAUCAUUUGACUGCCUAUUUAUGCAUGUUGUAUUAAACAAUGAGCAAAUAAUCAUAGAUGGUGCAGUCUCAAUAUCUAUCUUGAAAAUGCAAAUAUAAAAACCGAUUAAAA